GCCCCAUGAAGGUGCCCAGCCAUGCAAUGUUCCUGGAAGGCCGUCCUCCUCCUCGCCCUGGCCUCCAUCGCCAUCCAGUACACGGCCAUCCGCACCUUCACCGCCAAGUCCUUCCACACCUGCCCGGGCCUGGCGGAGGCGGGGCUGGCCGAGCGGCUCUGCGAGGAGGGCCCCACCUUCGCCUAUAACCUCUCCCGCAAGACCCACAUCCUCAUCCUGGCCACCACGCGCAGCGGCUCCUCUUUCGUGGGCCAGCUCUUCAACCAGCACCUGGACGUCUUCUACCUGUUCGAGCCCCUCUACCACGUGCAGAACACGCUCAUCCCGCGCUUCACCCAGGGCAAGAGCCCGGCCGACCGGCGGGUGAUGCUGGGCGCCAGCCGCGACCUCCUGCGCAGCCUCUACGACUGCGACCUCUACUUCCUGGAGAACUACAUCAAGCCGCCCCCGGUCAACCACACCACCGACAGGAUUUUCCGCCGAGGGGCCAGCAGGGUGCUCUGCUCCCGCCCGGUGUGCGACCCCCCGGGAUCCGCGGACCUGGUCCUGGAGGAGGGGGACUGUGUGCGCAAGUGUGGGACCCUGAGGGUGCCCGCCGAGGCCUGCCGCGAGCGCAGCCACGUGGCCAUCAAGACGGUGCGGGUGCCCGAGGUGAAUGACCUGCGGGCUCUGGUCGAAGACCCCCGGUUAAACCUCAAGGUCAUCCAGCUGGUCCGAGACCCGCGGGGCAUCCUGGCCUCUCGCAGCGAGACGUUCCGCGACACGUACCGGCUCUGGCGGCUCUGGUACGGCACGGGCCGGAAGCCCUACAACCUGGACGUGACGCAGCUGACCACCGUGUGCGAGGACUUCUCCAACUCCGUGUCCACCGGCCUCACGCGGCCGCCCUGGCUCAAGGGCAAGUACAUGCUGGUGCGCUACGAGGACCUGGCCCGGAACCCCAUGAAGAAGACCGAGGAGAUCUACGGGUUCCUGGGCAUCCCCCUGGACGGCCACGUGGCCCGCUGGAUCCAGAACAACACGCGCGGCGACCCCGCCUCGGGCCGGCACAAGUACGGCACGGUGCGCAACUCGGCCGCCACCGCCGAGAAGUGGCGCUUCCGCCUUUCCUACGACAUCGUGGCCUUUGCGCAGAACGCCUGCCAGCAGGUGCUGGCGCAGCUGGGCUACAAGAUGGCCAGCUCGGAGGAGGAGCUGAAGAACCCCGCCAUCAGCCUGGUGGAGGAGCGGGACUUCCGCCCGUUCUCGUGACGGGGCGCCGUGGGUGGGGGCGGGGGCGCUGGGGUCGGUUUUGAUAAAACGGACCGUUUUUAACUGUUGCCUUAUUCCCCCUCCCUCUCCCACCCUGUCUUCGUGUCCCUCGCGCCCCCUGCCCACCCCGCUCCCUUCUGCCUCUUUUUGUCUCUGAAAUUUGCACUACGUCUUGGACGGGAAUCACUGGGGCAGAGGGCGCGGGAAGUGGGGUCCGCCCCCUCCCCACCCCCUUCAGACACGCGGUUGUUGGGUCUCUACGUGGACGGUGACAAUGUUUACAAGCACCACACUCACACAUGCACACACACGCGGGCGGGCACCCAGGAGGAGGGGCGGCAGAGGCGCGCACCUGGCCAGCUGUUCGAGGCCGGGCGCCGGCGCUGCGCCGUGUGGCAUCUGCAGGGUGAGGGUGACGGAGCAGCACCUCUCUCUAACUUAUGAAUCAUGUCCAUUCCUCCCCUCCCUUCCCUGGUCCUGCCCCUCGCCCAGCACCCCCUUAGAGCAGAGAAACUGCCCCUCCUGCCCCUUGCCUGUCGGUGAGCAGGUUUUUACUGUGAGGUGAACGUGGCCCUGUUUCUUUUCUCCGUCUGUGGCGAUGCUGUCUGUCUGUCUGAGUCUUGUGGCUGACCCUGGACCAGUGAUGUCUGAGGAAUCUUAGGGGUUUCUAAUUGAUCUUGGGGUCCAUCUGUGAUAAUUUCUUUGUGCCAAAAAGAAAAAAAAAAAAAAGAGUGAGUCAGUUUGCUAAAUGAUCAUUGAAAUGCUUUAUCUGUGUUUUCUGUAAAUAAAGGGGUGCAAUAAUA